UGAAAUCUGUUCCUACACCAUCUACCAAAACCCUUCUCUUCACAACUCUGAUCUCUCCUUCUUCAACCAAAAAACAAUGGCCAUUCCCGCCGUUUCCGUGGCGCUGUCGAAGUUCAACGACGCUCUUUCCGAAACUCAGUGCGGAGCCGACGAACACGUCGAGGAGCUGGUGACGGAGCUAACAUGGAUGCAGUGUUUCCUGGUCGACGGCGAGAAAACGGCGCAAGGCCGGGUGAGAACCGACAUCUGGUCCUCCGCCAUCGAGCGCCUCGCCGUGUGCGCUCAAGAACUAAACUACGGCUACGGCGGCGGCCACUCUAACAAGUCCAGGGACUUCGCCAACCUCAACGCCCGUUUCGCCAGCCUCCGGGCAAAAAUCCAACCUUUCCUCACUUGUCAAGCUCCCUCAUCGGGUUCUGCAAACACCCCCCCAGAUUUUGGACCUGGGAUUCAAAUUCCUAAAGAAAUACUGGUCGGAGCAUGGGGAGGUCCCGGUGGAAAUAAAUGGGAUUUCAAGCCUAAAGGGCUCAUCAAACAGAUAACUAUUAUUCAUGGUACCGUCAUCGACUCCAUAACUUUCACCGGCGUGAGCGCCGACGGCCGGGUGGAUUCUCCGAUCAAAUUAGGUGGCCCCGGUGGCAGUAAAACCUUCCAGGUGAAUAUCAACGGUGCAUCGGAGUACCUGAGGGGUGUGAGUGGAACAUAUGGGAAUCACCAUGGCCUGACGGUUAUAAGGUCGAUCAAGUUCGAAACCAAUGUGACUACACAUGGACCAUACGGGUCUACCGACGGGACGCCGUUCUCGUUUGUGGUGCAGGACGGCAAGAUUGUCGGAUUCCACGGCCGUGCCGGCGACUUUGUUGAUGCUAUUGGUGUUUAUGUCACAUCUAUAUAAGUGCAUCGUCUCUCAUGCAAUAAUGUUGUCUAGUUUGGUCCAUUGGAAAUCCUUAGAGUUGUGUGUUUGGUUUUCCAAAUGGUUUGAAUAACUGUUAGUUGUGUUGUUGACCUUGCUUGUUUCAUGGUUCUUGGAGUGAGCAGAUGUUGAAUAAUAAAUUAUCUGGCGACUAAGUGUGUGGAACAUGAGGUGAAAUCACGAGUUUGAUUAUUAUUAAUACUU